AUGGCAACUUCAAAAUCCCACACUGAGGCCAGGGAGCUGUCGAAAAAGCGAAAGACAGAAUCUGAGCCUGUUGACGGGGAAGGAGAUUAUGCUCAGCCUGGCCAAGCCAAUCUCUCUCAUGACGACAUAGUGGCGGGGAGUGCCACCGACGGAACCCCACUGCUCGCAGUUUCUAACUCGUCACAGUCGAGCCACGGGGGUGGGAGUGUUCAUAAUGGUGGCCGUCGCGACGAUGAUCACCGCAAUCAACAAGCUCUCAGAUCUAACAAGCUCGAUCAGUUCUGUGAAAGGUUAGAUAUUGUGCCGCCGAAAGAAUCCACAAAAUAUGCAGGCUUCAAGCCUAAAAAGGGUGGCGAUUGGGCAAGGAUCCUCUCGUCAAUCCGGAAGCAUCAAGUGUUGUCGUACGCACUCAAGGCUCUAGCAGUAGUUCUGGUGAUCUUACAGUUGGGCCUGGGCAUUACCAUUUCGGUACUCACGAGCCUUGAAGGAAAUCAUGUCAAAACAGUAGUGAUCAUUCUCGGCGCCACCAAUAGCUUCGUUGGUGGACUUGCAGCUAUCUUGCAAUAUUGGGGUCAGCCAACACGGGAGAGCAGGUACUAUGCCAGCCUCAAGCUGGUCCAAAGCGAUGUUGAGGCGCUCAUUGGCGAGUUCAAGGACCCAAACACAAAUAAAUAUCCAUAUGAAGAAGGAAAAUUGGUGAUGGCCAAGUACGCACAAGCAAACAAGGAUGCUUGGUCCAAUGACCCCAUGAUUUGGAUACAGAAUACGAAGCCUCGCGGCCAGGAUGACCGGCGCUCCGGAAUAUGA